AGUUUCGCGCGGGAUGCCUAACGACGCCGAUAAAAUUAUGGGUAGAUCGAGUCUCUACUUGCUGGCCAUUCUGGCAGCCGCUUUGGCGACCGUCAUCGCCGAGGAGAUGUACUCGGACAUGUUCGAUCACAUCGAUCCCGACGAUAUCCUGCCGAACGACGAGCUGCGGAAUCAGUACUACAAAUGCUUCAUGGACACCGGCCCGUGCGUGACGGAAGAUCAGAAAUACUUCAGACAGCAUGCCGCUGAAGCGUUCGUCACGAAAUGCCGGAGGUGCACGGAGAAGCAGAAGCAGAACGUGGAGAAGAUAGUCGUGUGGUACACCGAGAACCGACCCGAGGAGUGGCAAGCCAUGAUAGGGAAGCUCUUGGAGGACGCGAAGAAGCUCAACAUUACACCCGCUGCCUGAUGUUGCCAAACAAGCGCAUUUGGCACCGUCAUGUAUACUUAAUUGUGAAAUAACAAAUAACGAUCUUUGUGCGUCCAUAGUAGUUUUCCAAGAUGUAGCUGCAAUAUACGUAGGCGAGAGGGAGAUUUAGCGGUGUUGCAUGUACAAUUGUAACUGACAAUAAAAGCCGUUUCGUGACGGGGCCGAAAA